AAAUAAACAAGCAAAUGUGCACUGCACGUCUGCUUGUUUGGUGGCUGACUUCGAAGUUCGGGUUAUUUUGUUUUUAUGUCAUAUCAUAAGCACCGGUGAGACAUUUAACCAUAUUGCUCGUUCUAAAAGCUCUGCAGCUGUAAUAUACGCGUGGAAUCAAGAAAUAUAUAAAGUCGUACGAAAUCGUUCAAUAUGUACAAAAAUUGUCGCACAUAUGUAGUUAGUAUAUGCAUACAAUUGCCUGUAUGGCGAUAAAUUAAGCGAAACAUAUGUAAACAAACGGUACGGAAUACUUAAUAAUAUGUAACAACAACAAUGAAAAAGAAUAUCUAUAAAAAAAAUAUAUAUGCAAAAAAAAAAAAAAAAAAAAUUAAUUAAAGAGAAACCUGUCGCUAUAAACAGAUUUGCGAUACGUCAUUCGUCAUUCGCCAUUCGCCAUUCGCCAUACGUCAAAAUCCCAUCGCGAUAAUCAAAUGCUUUACGUCCACACAACUAUAGUAGUCGGAUAUCUGAAGAUUUUAUCCAUUUAAAGCAACGUACAAAACAUAGAACAGAAGCGCAAUGUUUUUGCCUGUCAAAUCGAAUCAUUCCACCACCGAUAAUACUGCCAACAGUGAGGAUGUCACUACAACUAGUAAUAAUUCAACACAAACACCCAGCGAUCUUAGCCCACCGGGACCAAAUGAGGAAAUAUUACCACAGGCUCACCAUCAAAAUCCAGGACAUUGUGUUGCCUCCUUUGCAGCCAUUAAUCAAAUGCGUUCAAAUGUUCAGCUUUGUGAUGUUACUCUGGAGGUAGGCGGCGAAACUAUACAUGCUCAUAAGGUAAUACUUGCCUCUGUUUCACCGUACUUUUAUGCCAUGUUCAAUGAUGACAUGUUGGAACGUACUCAAGGUAUUGUUAGACUGCAUGAUAUUGAUUUAUUGGCCUUAAAACAUCUCAUCGAUUAUAUUUAUACCGGUGAAAUAACGAUAACCGAACAAAACGUUCAAACUCUAUUGCCAGCAUCGAGCUUAUUACAAAUGCAUUCUGUUCGCGAAGCAUGCUGUAAAUUUCUCUUAAGACAAUUACAUCCUUCAAAUUGCUUGGGUAUACGUAGCUUUGCCGAUGCCCACUCAUGCAAAGAGCUGCAUACGCGUUCUCAUAAGUAUGCUUUACAAAAUUUUCAACAAGUUGUCGGCACUGAAGAAUUCCUUUUGCUGCCUUUUGAAGAGGUGAAAGAUUUAAUUUCGAACAAUCAGCUUAAUAUUAGCUCUGAAGAAAAGGUGUUCCAUGCAGUUUUAAACUGGAUUAAACAUGAUUUAGAUGAACGCCAAAAUCAUAUAGCUGAACUCAUGAGUCAUGUCCGUCUACCUCUUGUCAGUCGUGACUUUUUGAUGACUUGCGUCGAGACCGAGCCACUAAUACGAGACGAUGCUCAGUGCAAAGAAUUGCUUUUAGAGGCUAUGAAAUACCAUUUACUACCAGAGCAACGUAGCUUGAUGAGCAGUCAGCGAACUCAAGAACGAAGACCUGAAGGCAUGCGUCCGUACAUAUUCGCCGUUGGGGGCGGUAGCUUAUUCGCUAUCCAUAACGAAUGCGAAGUGUAUAAUCCACGUACAAAUAAUUGGACUCCGAUAGCAGCGAUGCUGUGGCGUCGUUCCCGGGCAGGCGUGACCGCAUUACAUAAAUCCCUGUACGUGGUGGGAGGUUAUGAUGGCGUUAAUGAUUUGGCUACCGCGGAACAUUAUAACCCCUUAACAAACAAAUGGAUUUAUAUUACGCCAAUGGGUACAAAGCGUUCUUGCUUAGGCAUAUGCGCCUUCGAUGGGUUGAUUUAUGUGUGCGGCGGUUACGAUGGUGCUUCUUGCCUCAGCAGCACUGAACGAUAUGAUCCACUCACCUCAAUAUGGAGUUCUUGCCCAGCCAUGAGCACGCGACGACGUUAUUGUCGUUUAGCGGUUUUAGAGAAUUGCAUUUAUUCUCUGGGCGGUUUUGAUUCCACAAAUUAUCAAUCGAGUGUAGAGCGCUUCGAUCCCCGUGUCGGACGUUGGUUUCCAGUGCCCAGUAUGACGGCACGCCGUAGUAGCUGCGGCGUAGCGUCCUGUGACGGCUACUUGUAUUGCAUUGGCGGCAAUGACGGAACCAUGUGUAUGUCCAGCGGAGAACGCUUUAAUUUGCGACGUAAUAUGUGGGAACCUAUAACAGCUAUGCACUCGCGUCGAUCCACACACGAAGUAGUAGAGGUUGAUGGAUCUCUUUACGCCUUGGGCGGCAAUGAUGGUUCGUCGUCCCUCAAUACAGUCGAACGCUACGAUACGCGCCUCAACAAAUGGACUAUAGUCUGUUCAAUGGUAGCGCGUCGUAGUUCGGUGGGAGCUGCAGUCUUGGAUUGUUUUCAUUUGGAACGCGGUCUUGUACAAACGACAAAUUUAUGACCUCCACUUGGCGCCAUAGCUGAGACAUUUGUCAGCGCCAGCAAUGCGACAUCGAAUGGAAAAAAUUUUUCGCCAACCAAUACUAACGCUAGCGCUUCUUCUUUGCCUGUUAGCGCUACGUGUGUGACGACUACUAACGCAGCCAUGGCAACAACAACGGCAGCAACAAGUACUUCAAAUGGUAUGGCAGUGCCGGGGAGGAUAACAAAUGGUCGCAAUAUAAUGGCUGCCGCUGAUCUACUUAGUGUCGUACUGCCCACCAAUUACGCACUAAGUACAUCGGCUCCGUCAUCAUCGUCAUCGACCAUUUUAAGGCGUUAUCGCGAACGUGACGCCUCAACUGUGGAAUCUACUCGUGCCGAGCGAAGUUCAAAUGACGACUCCAAUGGCAAUAACAAAGCCCCAACUGCUUGAUAUCUGCAUUUUAGAUAAUUUUAUAAAUUUAUUAUUUUUUUGUUGUUCUUUAAAGCUUAGCCUGCCAAAUCCAAAUCGUUCACUGCCUUCUGAAAUUUCAAAGAAAAUCUAAAAAAAAAAAAAUAUUGUUAUGUGUAAGCGGCGGGCAUGCGAGUUUAUUUAGGGAAUCAUCUUCAUCAUUACAAUAAAUUUCGCCAACGGUCGUUGAUAUUUACGGAAUUGAUUCAUUUAUGUUAAUACAAACAACACUGUCGCCUAGACCGCAAGAAUACGGGAUUAGUGUUAACUUUUUUUUUUUUU